AUGGAGUCGCUUUUGGUAAACCUCAAGAAACAAGUUACUUGUUCGAUUUGCCUCGAUAACUACACCGAGCCCAAAACUAUAUCAUGUCUUCACACGUUUUGCUGUGAAUGUUUGGAGAAACAUGCAAGAGUAAGCCAGAAACAGGGAAAAUUCAGAUGCCCCGAGUGUCAGGCAGUGAUCGAUUUACCAGAAGGAAAUCGCUUCGACCGUUUACCCAACAGCUUUUUCCAUAAAAGCUUGUUGAGUCUUCUCGCUGUUCGACAGAGUGGUGAUGCAAGUAGUAUUACUUGUUAUCAAUGCAGUGCAAACAACUCUCAGAUGUACUACUGCUUCGAUUGCGGACGAUUCAUGUGCCCUGAUUGUUUCAAUGCACAUGAACUGCUCCAAAAGUCUUUUCAAGGACACAAAGUCACACCACUUCAAGACUUCAAAACAGAAGAUUACGAAGUAUUUUUAAAGCGACAACCGUUUUGUUCUCAACAGUUCCACGAGAGAGAAAUUACACGGUUUUUUUGCUCGCAGUGUCAAGUUUGCAUUUGUCAAAUUUGCAUAGUCACGGAUCAUCAAAACCACAAAGUUGUUCUUCUCGACAAAGCAGCACACGAGGAGAAGGAUAACAUCAUGUCGGGCGCUAAAUUGAUCAAGAAAAUGGAAAGCGAGCUCCAGGAAGUUAUUAAGCAGUUCGAAGAAACUAUUUCUAAGCUGGAAAGCAAUUUGGCAACCGCUAAGCGAGGCGUCGAGCAAACAGCUGAACAAAUGAUCGCAAAUAUUCGAGAGCGCGAGCGAGAGGCGUUAGAAUCCCUCGAGGCAACACGCGUAUCAAGACUCCACAAAAUUAACUCGGCUAAACAGGAAGUGGAAUCCUUAGUAAAACAAAUGAACCAAGCAGCUCAGUUUGCGGAAAACCUGGUGCAGAGAACGUCAAGCUCGGAUAUAAUGCAGAACAAAGAAACUUUAAAGACCAAAUUUGAAGAGCUUCUGCGACUUGAAGUUCCUAAACAUCAACAGACGACAUUCAUCAAAUUCACUGCGGCAUCUCAAAAGGACUUGAAACUGGGUUUCAUCGAAGUCACUGAUGACACCGCAAAGGCAGCUAAAUCAACUUUAGAAGGACUGAAUCAAACUUUCCAGGCUGGUGUAGAAGCAGAGUUUACGUUAUGUCCAAAGACAUCUGGAGGAGAGAUGAUUAACCAGGCUGAUCUUAAAAGUCGAGUUGAAUUUAUGAUUAAACCCGUCAAGGAAGUUGCAGACGUGAUUGUUGAAGAGAAAGAAGACGGCAAUCUAACAUUGAAGUUUACUCCCAAAGUACCUGGCGUCUAUAGCAUUGAGGUAAAGAUUAAUGGUGAUAAACUACCGACCUGUCCCAUCACUGUACAGGUAAAAGAACGUGAACUUGUUGUGGUGGGCGAGGUGAAAUUAAAGUUCUUUCCAGGGGAUACGCUUGAUCGGUUAUAUGGGAUUGCUAUGAAUACAGAAGGCCAGAUAGUUGUGACAGAUAACAUAGGCAACUGCUUUUAUGUAUUUAAUAAAAAUGGCAAGUGUUUAAGAAAAAGCAGAGGCGAAGGUAGCAAUACGGUACAAUUUCAGUACCCUGAUGGCAUUUCGUUCUUAAAUGACAACGAAGUCCUAAUUGCAGAUUACGGCAAUAAUAGAAUACAUCGACUUAAUAUUCAGACAGGAACUGUAGUAAAAAGUUUUGGGAAAAAAGGCAGAAAAAAAGGCGAGCUUCACAGUCCAAUAGACGUUACUGCGGAUGAUGAGGGGCGCAUUGUUGUGACCGAGUGGGGCAAUCAUAGGAUACAGGUGAUGUCAAAGGAGGGAAAAUCUAUUUUCACAUUUGGAGACAAAGGCCCAGAGAAACUUAAUGGUCCAACCUGCUGCAUUUCUUACAAAAACAUGUUUUUCGUUUCUGAUAGAAACAACCACUGCAUAAAAGCUUUUGAUCAGUCAGGAACAUUCUUAUACAAGUUUGGCAAAGAAGGGAAUCACGAUGGACAAUUUAAAAUACCUUACGGUUUGCUUGUAGACAGCUCCAAUAAUCUUCUAGUAUGUGACUUUGGCAAUAACCGAGUUCAACAGUUUUCUUUAGACGGUUGCUUCACCGGCAAAAGUAUCACUCGAUUAUCUCAGCCUAUGGCGAUAACAAAAGCACCAGACGGGCGUGUUCUUGUUACUAGCCAUGAUCAGAAAAAAGUGUUCAUUUUGAAAUAGACUUUUUCAAAAAGGAACUUUGCUUCUUAAGCCGCUAUUUACCUGUGUUUCGUUUUAUUGUUAAUGCUGUUUUAUCACUUUUCUGGAAGAACUCUCAGCGAUAACAUCAAGACUUACAACUACACUUGGAGACAAAAACCUUUUGACUUAAAGUGAUUCAAGCCGUUUUAAUCUUCUCCAUCCCACUUCACUUGGCCAUCCAUGUUUCUUCUCGGUUUAUUAAUAUCCUCUUUAAUUGCUAUUUCUCCGAUCUGAAGUUUUGUUUGUUUAUUUUUUUUAAAAAAAGGUCAAGGUAUUUCUGUGCAUCGUCGACAGCGAUUUGAAUUUUCUAAACCAAGAAAUUUGAGAGAGAAUCCCCAAAAUUAUUUAGUGUUACAGAAAAACUACAUGCUGUAGAGAAACAUUCGACAACGUCGACUAUUUUAUAGGCUGAGAAUAUAUAGGUGGAAAACGUUUAGACCAUGUGAUGCUUUUUGAAAUCACUGAUUGAUCAGGAUAGAUUAGGUUCUGAUUUUUCAAUUUAAGAAAAUAUAUCUUUAAUUAAAGUUUAAUUCAAGAACAAUUUAUAAUUGCAUGAUUUCACAUGUAUAAGUAAUCAACGAGCACAUGAAGUAAGGUAACAACUGUUUUUAAAAAUGGGCAUCUAUUGGGUAAUUACGUCAUAAUUAGAGGUGGUUAUUGAUUUUCUAACUAAGCUGAAGUGCUAGCUUUAAACUGCUUUGAAAAAUAGUCCCAGGUUUUGUCGCAGAUAAUAAAACGAGAAAAAUUAGAAAUUCAUUGAAUAAAUGAGAUUUGAAAGUUUUAUCUAGUUUGUUUUUAUGAAUGAUUAGAAAAUAACUUUCAGUGUUUAAUAUAGGUAACAUUUUGAAAUGAAGUUAUUUAAAAAUUUCAUUGGAUACAUCUUCUAAAAAAUUGCAAAAUCAUCAGCAGCUUGGUUUCCCUGGAAAAUAAAAUAAUAAUUUGUCUACGUUUACAAAUAUACAUGAAUAACUAUUGCGGACCUAUUUCUGCUGCAAACCUUUGGGUCCGUUUGGAGAAAUGAGAAGUAUCCAUAGUUAAGACAACUGAGGAUGAUCCUCUUUUGGUUGAGAUGUACGUCGAAUGUGUGAAAGUGUAACGAAAUCGUUUUCAUAUAAACUCACCCACUUCCCGCCUUUAACGGGAAGCGAAAUAGACUUGCGGCAUGUGGCUAAUUUACGUGCCUUCCUGUCUGACCUGAAGAUUUUAGUACAAACUCUAAUCCGCUCCCGAUUUCCGGUGUUAUCAUGGCCAAUUUACAUUAUCAACGCAGUUGACAAGAAAAAAUCAUUUUGAUACUCUGUCCAUUAAAAUUAUCACGUAGGAUUUUUUUUUUAACUGAAAGAAAAAUUGAAGCUUUGGUCGUGCUUUUUUUCGUUAAGGACCUUAAUGAUUCGACAGUUAAUCAAAUUCCAGGAAUUGCCGCCUUUAACGGGAAGCCAAAUAAACAAGAGGCAUGUGGCUAAUUUGUAUAAAUCAGCUUGCGUGCCUUCCUGUCUGACCUGAAGAUUGAAAUACGAUUCUAAUCCGCUCACGAUUUCCGGUGUUAUCAUGGCCAAUUUACAUUAUCAACGCAGUUGACAAGAAAAAAUCAUUUUGAUACUCUGUCCAUUGAAAUCAUCAAGUAGGAUUUUCUUUUUCAACUGCAAAGAAAAAUUGAAGCUUUGGUCGUGCUUUUUUUCGUUAAGGACCUUAAUGAUUCGACAGUUAAUCAAAUUCCAGGAAUUGCCGCCUUUAACGGGAAGCCAAAUAAACAAGCGGCAUGUGGCUAAUUUGUAUAAAUCAGCUUGCGUGCCUUCCUGUCUGACCUGGAGAUUGAAAUACAAACUCUAAUCCGCUCACGAUUUCCGGCGUUAUCAUGGCUAAUUUACAUUAUCAACUCAGUUGACAAGAACAAAUCAUUUUGAUACUCUGUCCAUUAAAAUUAUCAAGUAGGAUUUCCAUUUUCAACUGAAAAGAAUAAAUUGAAGUUUUUGUCUUUCUUUUUUUUUUUCUUUAAGAACCUUAAUGAUUCGACCGUUGAUCAAAUUCUAGAAUAUUUAGAAGCAUGCGUUAAAAAAAAGGAUAAACAGAUAAACAGUUGCAUGUCACAAACGGAAGAGGUCAUGGCAGAUUUCCGUUCUGUUUUCUCGGAAAUCUAAAUAUAGUAUUAAAAGGCAGCUUUCUAGUUUUUCAAAAGAAAAUAAUUCAUUUUCUGUUUACCGUAUCUGAACGAUUUCCUCGAAAACAUUAGCGUCUUGUCUACACUUUUAAAGUUCUCUGGGAAUGACUAGUCCAUGCAUGAUAGACUCCAUAUAGGAUAGAAGGGAAAUAGAGUCGAAUGUCUCGCCAGGUAAAGCAAAAAACAAGUUUUGGUCAAAGUUGAUGAAGACGUUGUGAGACAAAUUCCCUUUCAUGCUUUCAUGAGCGAUAGAUGGUUGCCACAGACGAAGGAAGGAGGGGGAGAGGGUGGGGAGAGAAGGACUGACCACAUUUUAAAGAAAUACAAAGGCCAACACAUUUCUAAAAUGAGCCGUUUAUACGCGUUUUGCGAUUUUCAGACCCUCGACGUUCCUCAUCUAAAUAUUUUCCUCCCAUAACGCCCCCAAGGCUUUCCCUCCAGCUACAAUCCAUCCAACGAAGUCAACUGAGCCAAGGAACGUGACUGGCCAGAAAUAGAUCCAGUUAAAUGAAUAAUGUCUUCUUUUCUAGGAAUCUGAAGCAAAGGCGAAGUGUUUAAAUUGUUUGUAAGGAUUAUCCAUCCCGAUGUGGAGUUACGUGCAAAAUUUUUUUUCCUCGAAAUGCGCAUCGAUAACAGUUUAAGAACUUCUGGUGCGACUAGAAUCAAUUUCGUUCUAUAAUAAAUUGAGUGCACGAAGCUUCGUUUGCUGCGUUUUUCCAAACCAUAUUUAGUCAAAUUUUUGUCUUUAAUUGCUUAUAUUUCAAGCAACUUUAUUUACCCUGGGUUCAGUUGUCUAAAAUCGAGGCUUCAUCUCAGGCAACAACGUCUUUUUAUCAUUACAAAAAAGUCAGCUUAGUCCUGAAGUGCAAUCGGCCAGAGGAAGUCAGCUGUCAUAGACUUUGCGCUGUUUUCUCCGAAACUGAAACAAUAUCUCGGAUUUCGUAUGAAUGUUUUGAUAGGGCUCGUCCCUUUAAUAUAAGUAACACAUCAGUUAACUACAGUUUAAGGCGAUCAUCAUGAAUCCUCUCUUGAAGAGUCUCAAGAAACAAGUUACUUGCUCGAUUUGUCUCGAUACCUACACCGAGCCCAAAACCAUAUCAUGUCUUCACACAUUUUGCUGUGAGUGUUUACAGAGACAUGCAAUAGAGAACCAGAGACAAGAGAAAUUCCGAUGCCCCGAGUGUCAGGCAGAAAUCGAUUUACCACAAGGAAAUUGCUUCGACCGCUUGCCUAGCAGCUUUUUCCACAAAAGUCUGUUAGGUGUCCUUCUUGAAGCGGAAGAUUGCGAAGCCAUUGCGAGUCAACAACUGGACACUUGCUCGCAACAUACGGAAGAAAGAGUACGAUAUUACUGCUCCUCGUGUGAAGCGUGUAUUUGUCCGAUUUGCGUCACCGAAGACCACCAAGGCCAUGCGUUUGAAAUGCUUGAAAAAGCAGUGCAAGAGGAUAAGAAAAACAUUAUGUCGACUGUCGAGACCAUCAAGGAAAAGGUAAACUUGUUUCGAGCACAGUUAGAAAAAACAUCAGAGGAUGUGGAAAUGAUUAUCGCAAUCGCUAAACAGGAAGUGUCGGAGGCAACUGAACACGUGAUCACAAAGACGAGACGACAAGAAAAACAGCUCUUAGAGUCCUUAGAAAUAACACGUAAAAAAAGAAUAGAACGAAUCAACUCGGCUAAACAAGAACUGGAAUCUCUAAUAAAAAAAAUUAACCAAGCAGCUGAAUUUGCGGAGAGUCUGGUGCAACGAAGAUCAGCCGUGGAUAUCAUACAAAACAGAAACAAAUUGAGGCAGAAACUUGAAGAGCUUCGUAGAGUUGAAGUUCCAAAACAUCGCCAGGCUACAUUUGUCAAAUUUACUGCCGCAUCGCAACACAACUUUAAACUGGGUUCUAUUCAGGUCUCCGAGAAGCCGGCAAUCGCAGCUAAAUCAACUCUAGAAGGACUGGAUCAAACUUUUCAAGUUGGUGUAGAAGCAAAGUUUACGUUGUGCCCACGGACAUCUGGCGGAGAGAUGAGUGACCACGCUGAUCUCAAAGAUCAACUCGAAUUGCUAAUAACACCCGCCAAAGAUGUGACGAAUGUGACUCUUGAUGAGAAAUAUGACGGUAACGUUAGGCUGAAGUUUAUUCCCAAAGUACCUGGGGCCUACAGCACUGAGGUGAAGAUUAAUGGCGAUAAACUACCCACCUGUCCUAUCACUGUGCAGGUUAAAGAACGUGAACUUGUCGUGGUCGGUGAGUUGAAGUUAAAUUUCUUUCCAGGGCACACGCUUGAACGGUUAUACGGAGUUGUUGUGAAUACAGAAGGCCAGAUAGUUGUGACAGAUAACCUUGGCAACUGUGUAUAUGUUUUUGAUAAAGAUGGCAACUGUAUGAGAAAAAUCGGAAGCAAGCGUAGCCAUACAGGACAAUUUCAGUUUCCUAAUGGCAUUUCGUUUUUAAAUGACAACGAAGUCCUAAUUGUAGACUUAGGCAAUUGCAGAAUACAACGAGUUAAUAUUCAGACAGGAACUGUAGUGAAAAGUUUUGGAAAAGAAGGCAGACAAAAAGGAGAGUUUAGCGGGCCAGUAGACGUUACUGUGGAUGAUGACGAACGCAUUGUUGUAACCGAGUGGGGCAAUAAUAGGAUACAGGUGAUGUCAAAGGAGACAGAGUCUAUUUUCACAUUUGGAGACAAAGGUCCAGAGAAACUUCAUUAUCCAAGCUGCUGCAUUCCUUAUAAAAAGAUGUUUCUCGUAUCUGAUGCAGGCAACCACUGUAUAAAAGCUUUUGAUCAGUCAGGAACAUUCUUAUACAAGUUUGGCAAAAAAGGGCAUCAAGAUGGGGAAUUUAAAAUGCCGCAUGGUUUGCUUGUAGACAGCUCCGAAAAUCUUCUAGUAUGUGACUCUGGCAAUAAUCGAGUUCAGCAGUUUUCUUUAGACGGUCGCUUCGCCGGCAAAAGUAUCACUCGUUUAUCAGACCCCACUUCGAUAACAAAAGUACCAGACGGGCGUAUUCUUGUUACUAGCUUUGAUGAGAAAAAAGUGUACAUUUUGAAAUAG